AUGUCCCGUCUUUGCGACCCAGCGGAAUAUGUAUCGAAAGCAAAACAUAGAUGGGCCGGUCACAUCAUGAGAAGAAUCGACGAUAGAUGGGCUAAAAGAACGCUAGAGUGGAUCCCAAGGGACGCUAAAUGCCCCCGAGGGAGACCGCCAACGAGAUGGGGUGACAUGUUCGCUGCACGGAUGGACCAGCUGAGAGCUCAGCUGGAUACGGCUCAAGGACCUCGUCAACGUCACUCACGAAGCUUGAGAACAUCUUGGAUGACAAUGGCGAGGGAACGAAACGAGUGGAAGAGAUUCUGGGGCUCGCACGUCCAGUGA